AUGGCAGUACAAGCUGAUCAUUAUGCUCAUAACAUGUUCGGAAACGGUGCCGGAAAAGUGAGGAUUCCACCGGAGAGAGGGCAGAUUAAAGCCAAGAUAUUCAAGGGUUUGGUUAAGAAAGUGUCUAGGUUAGCAUCUGGAAGCUUUAAAGAAGCUGGUUCAGGAAGCGGUUCUGCUAGUUCAUCUUCAUCAUUUUCUUCUUCUUCCAGCUUUAAUGGCGCAGAUGAUUGA